AAGAUGUCAUGAUUCCAUACCUACUACACUAAAUUAAGCCAUACAAUAGCUAAAAAACACAUGAAACUCAUUAUUAAACAAAAGGGACAAAAAGAAUAGAAUUUGGAAAGGUCUUUGUUGAAUCAUGAAACAGGGUUGAAUUUCUAGGAAUAUAAGCAUUUAAUUGAACAGCAGAAGAAAUUCCAAAUCCCAAGAAAACAACAGAUACAGGAGGACAGGAGGUUCUUCUUUCCUACAAUGAGAAGUGAGUGAAGGUUCUCCAAAUUCCAGGUAAAAGUUGCUUCUUCUGUUUUCCUGCAACUUUUAAAAUUUUAACCUGCCAUGGAAAACAAUAGGAACUUUACCAUCUUGCUAUUGUUCUGUGUUACCACUGUUUUGUUCAGUAAUUUAUCUGCUUUGAGCUCUGAUGGGUUGGCUUUAGUAUCACUUUUAAGCGAAUGGGCGGUACCGAAAACUGUAAAACAUAGCUGGAACUCUUCCCAACUUACCCCUUGUUCAUGGGAAGGUAUUGAAUGUGAUAAAAAGCAGAAUGUAAUUUACCUGAACUUGUCCAAUUAUGGCAUUUCUGGUCAUUUGGGGCCUGAAAUUGGUAAAUUGGGUUAUUUACAGACCCUUGAUCUCAGUUUAAACGCACUAUCUGGUUCAAUUCCUGUUGAGAUCUCCAACUGUAUCCUUCUUCAGCAGUUGGACCUUUCAGGAAACAAUCUCACUGGUGAAAUCCCAUCAAAUUUGGGAAACCUGCAAAAUCUGCUGGCCCUUAGCCUUUAUGAGAAUUCAUUAGUGGGUCAGAUUCCUGAGUCUUUGUUUCAGAUCCCAGAACUUCAGUAUGUUUACCUCAAUAAUAACCAGCUUAAUGGGUCCAUCCCUUCAAAUAUAGGGAAUGCAACUGAACUGGUGAGCUUUUGGGUUCACGAAAACCAGUUGUCUGGUUCAAUACCGCCUUCGAUUGGAAAAUGUUCAGCACUCCAAGAAGUGUAUCUAGAAGAAAACCUCUUAACCGGUUUGUUACCUUCGAGUCUGAUCAACCUCGAAAAUUUAGUUGUUCUAGAUGUAAGCACAAACAAUCUGAACGGUACAAUUCCUUCUCUGAAUUCAGGUAGCUGCAGGAAUUUGCAGAGUUUAGUCUUGUCAGAAAACCAUUUUACUGGUGUUAUUCCACAAGGGCUGAGCCACUGUACAAACCUGUCAAUCUUCGCCGCCAUGACUAACAAACUAGUAGGGACAAUCCCAUCUUAUUUUGGUCUGCUCACUGAACUGUCACUUCUUUACCUAGCUGAAAACUCGUUGUCUGGAAAUAUACCCUCAGAACUCGGAAACUGCAAGUUUUUGACGGAGUUGCUACUUAACGACAACAAACUCGAGGGUGAAGUUCCAACAGAACUCGGGAUGUUAACUAGUUUAACCCGCCUUCAGUUACAUAAUAACCGCCUAACAGGUGAGUUUCCACAAGUUAUUUGGAAGAUACAGACUCUUGAGCUGAUUCUUAUUUAUAAUAACAGCUUAUCAGGGGAGUUGCCUGUUGAACUAACAGAGCUCAAAAACCUGAAAAAUCUUUCAAUAUAUGACAACCUGUUUUCUGGGAUCAUACCUCAUGGCUUGGGGGUGAAUAGCACCAGUUUGGUGAUGAUUGAUGUCACAAACAAUAAGUUUACAGGGGAUAUUCCGCCUCACCUUUGCCUCAAUAAACAACUACAGCAGCUGGAAAUGGGGUACAAUAUGCUGAGUGGAAACAUACCGUCUGACGUUGGAACUUGCUCGAGUUUGUUAAGGUUAAGGUUUGAACAAAAUAACCUUACAGGGGUAAUUCCGGAGUUUAAAGAAGAUCAUAGUCUCUCUUUCAUUGACUUGAGCGGAAAUAAGAUUCAUGGAAAAGUCCCUUUAACCCUUGGCAACUGUCAGAGUCUCACCUGGAUCAAUUUCACCAACAAUAACCUUUCUGGUUCUCUACCUCCAGAGCUCGGAAACUUGACAGAACUCCGUUAUAUUUUCAUGUCUCGCAAUAAUUUAGAGGGUCUGUUACCCUCUGAACUUGGGAAGUGGAAUAAGUUACUUAAGUUGGACCUGUCUUUCAACUCAUUGAACGGAACAAUUCCGUCAAGUUUUGGAAGUUUAACAUCCUUAUCUUACUUAGAUUUGAGCGAGAAUCAUCUCAUUGGAGGAGUUCCAUCAUUUUUGUCUGAACUUCAGAUGCUUCAAGAACUUCAUCUUGGUGGGAAUUCGCUAGACGGACCAAUUCCUUCCUCGAUCACUGCAUCGGAGAAUUUGAUACUGUCUGCCUUGAAUCUUAGUAACAACAGGUUAACAGCUCAUUUACCCACUGAUUUUCAGAGAUUGGCCAGUUUACAGCGGAUAGAUGUUUCUCACAACCAUCUGACAGGUUCGUUGGAGUCUCUUGGUGAAAUGCCGGGUUUAGAUACCGUGAACAUCUCAUAUAAUCUCUUCACCGGUCCAAUUCCUCCAUCUCUGGUGAAGCUGUUUGACAUAUCGCCGUCAUCCUUUCUUGGGAAUCCCGAGCUUUGUGUCGACUGUAAUCACUCUGGUGGGUCCACCUGUGUAGGGAAUGGGCGAAUCAGAAUGUGUAAAGCUAAAAAACAGGAUAAUAAUCAAAAGGAAAGACUUCGUGGCAUUCAGAUAGCAAUGAUAGUUCUUGGAUCAUCACUCUUCACAUUACUCGUUGCACUUUCUCUAUGUUACGUGCUUGUCAAGUGGCGAAAACAACAGAAAAAAGACGUUGAAGCUUCAACCACGGGAAAAUCUGCUUACUCAUUUAGCAAGAUAAUGGAGUGUACAGGAAAUCUUGAUGACCAGUACAUCAUAGGAAGGGGAGGCCAUGGAACCGUUUACAGGGCUGUAUUAGGCCCGAAUGAAGUUUAUGCUGUCAAGAGAAUCGAAAUUGGAGAAGAAAGAGGCACGAGUAUGAGCAUGAUGAGAGAAAUUGAGACAUUGGGGCAGAUCAAGCAUAGGAAUCUAGUGAAACUGAAGAACUUUUGGUUGACAAAGAAUUAUGGGUUAAUACUGUAUGAAUUCAUGGAAAAUGGUAGCCUUGGGGAUGUUCUUCACAGGAGGAGUCCUCUGUCAGUAAUAAGGUGGGAUGUUAGGUACAAUAUAGCUCUUGGAAUAGCACAUGGAUUAUCUUACCUCCACUUCGAUUGUGAUCCUCCUAUUUUACACCGUGAUAUAAAGCCUGAGAACAUACUCCUUGACUCAGAAAUGGAAUCACACAUCUCGGACUUUGGCAUUGCGAAGCUUCUACAUCAAAGUUCUAUUUCAACACAGUCCUUUGCUCUUCCUGGGACAAUAGGCUACAUUGCUCCAGAAACUGCCUAUAAGACAACAUCAAGUAAGGAGUCGGAUGUGUACAGCUAUGGAGUGGUUUUGCUCGAAGUGUUAACAAGAAAGAAAGUUGUGGAUCCAUCUUUUCCAGAAGGGAUGGAUUUAGUAGGAUGGACAAGAUCAGUGUGGCACUGUUCUGAACAGAUCGAAAAGGUGAUCGAUGCCACCCUUCUAGAAGAGUUUCAGGACUCGAAAGUCAUGGAACAAGUAUACGAUGUAUUGUUCAUAGCCUUAAGAUGCACUGAAAGGGAGCCAAGAAAAAGGCCAACCAUGAGAGAUGUUGUGAAGCAGUUAGAAGAUGCAAAUCCUGCAGCAAGGAUGAAAAAAGAGUCCCAGCAGUCCUUCACCCUUUCCUAAACUGUAAUUAAUGUCCUUCCACUUCUUUUUUCCUAGCAUCUUUGUAUAUUUACAUACAUAGUGAUGAUAAUGUGUCUGAAUAUAAAUGACUUAACAAGAAAACUGACAUGGCAAUAUGAAUACAUGAUGGUGACUAGAAAGUAGAAAUAAUUAUGAUGAA